AUGGAUGCAAAGCCGCGUGAGUUGUACUUAUUGUUCCGAGCUUAUGAAGGCUAUGAAGGAUCACUCUUGAAGGUAACCAGCAAGAAUGGUAAAACAGCUUCGCCUGUUGGAUUUGUCACAUUCAACACAAGAGCCGGAGCUGAAGCAGCCAAGCAAGAUUUACAGCAAGGUGUACGCUUCGAUCCUGACAUGCCCCAAACUAUACGCUUGGAGUUUGCCAAGAGUAACACAAAAGUCAGUAAACCUAAGCCCACACCCAAUGCAACAUCAACAGCUGCACAUCCUGCAUUGAUGCACCCACUUGCUGCUGGACACUUAGGUGCACCGUUUUUUCCCGGUGGUCCUGAAUUAUGGCAUCAUCCGUUAGCCUAUUCAGCUGCAGCUGAAUUGCCUGGAUCUGCUGCCUUACAGCAUGCAACUUUAGUGCAUCCGGCUCUGCAUCCUCAGAUGCCGCAACAACAACAUCAUCAACAACAACAUCAUCAUCAUCAUCAUCAACAACAUCUUACAAUGCCGACUCAUCAUCCAUCAGCGAUGCAUUUGUCAGGCGCGUCAGCAAAUCUUUCGACCGGUCAUUUUUUACCGAGUCCAGCAUUAGCAAGCCCUGUUGGUUCAACUGGAGCUACCCAGCCCCCUAGUCAACCAAUCUCUGCUAAUGCUCCUUGCUCGACGUUGUUUGUGGCUAAUUUAGGGCAAUUCGUAUCCGAACACGAACUAAAAGAGAUAUUCGCUAGCUUGCCUGGUUUUACACGUCUUCGUAUGCACACGCAAGUCAAGCCGCUGACUUCAAAUCAGUCGCCGAUUCAACAAUUAGCAAAUUCUGGUGGACAGGGAACGACAACGCAACCAACCACAACUAAUCAUAUACCAGUUGCUUUUGUUGAGUUUCGCGAUGUUCAUUGUGCUGGUCAGGCGAUGCAAUUGUUGCAAGGUAAAUAUUUACUAUCAUCAGACCGCGGCGCUAUUCGAAUCGAAUAUGCUAAAUCAAAAGUGGCAGCCAACGAACAAUUCCAACAUAUUCACAUGAUAAACGCAGGCACACUUGACCAGCAUUUGACCAAAAAGGGCGACAGAGAAUUGGGCAAUUACCUAAUGGCAUCGACUUGACCACACAACAAGUACAACAAAUAUCAACCUAAUGGUUACCAUUGGACAAAUGUUCACAAGAAGCAUCAAAAUUACUUAGCUAUAAAUUAUGGGACGGGCAUUGUGAACUAUCCCACAGAUUGUGGAUACAUUUUGGGAAAGUAAAUAGAUCAAGACAUUGAUAAUUUAAACAUUUUAAAUAAAAACAAUUUUUAUUCUUCGUAAACAAUUAAAUAUUUGCUAUGAAAUGAAAAAUUAAUAGAUUAUAUUUAACAAUGAAAUGAAAGAAACAUUUUGUGGAAAAAUCUAAUUCAAAACAUAUCAUGAUAGUGCUUAGAAAAUUCUCGUGACAGAAAUUUUCUAGAUUAUUUUUCAAAUGAAUAUGAAUGAUGAAAAAAAUGAAACUACAAUGAAUUAAAAGAUUUUUAAUGAAACAAAAAACAUAUUACUUAUAAUAGACUAAUGUUCUACUUAUGAAUAAGAGAUUUGAAUGCAUAGAAUUUUUUUUUGUCAAAAAGCUCUUGAGGGACUUUGUCGAUUCCAACCCUCCCGAAAUUAUGAUAAAUAGAAGUUUUUUACUCUGAGUUCUGAUACCUUCAAAUUUUAAAUCCUUUUAAGCCUUUCCUUUCGUUCGUAAUAGUUCGUUUAUCAAAAAAACGAAAAGUUGAGUUUUUAUUUGGAAUUUAAAUUAGCUUUGAGCUGUUUUGGGUUCUUUUAUUCGAACCUCGUCCCCGACGUAAUUUGCUUGUGAUUUACUUGAUUGUGAAGGAUCGAGUCGUGAAGGACCUUAAUUGAAAUUUAACUAAUUACCUUUUAAUAAGUCUACUUAACUUAAAACUGCUUACUUUUACCAUAAUGUGCCCUAAUAACAAGAAAAUUAUAUAAUGUGAAGAUGAGAGAAGAGUAAAUCUUUUUAUACAAAAACAAAGAGAACACGACGAGUUGCAACAAAUAUUCAAACAACAAUGAGUGAAAUUGCUUCAUAUUUGCGAUGAUACAAUUUAGUUUAAUAUCUGAUGAAGGGAGUUCAACAACAAUACGAACCUGUAAAAUAUCAUUAUUGGUUCCAAUUAAUUGGAAUUUUUUUAAAUCAUGAUUGAAAGUAUUUUGAAAAAGGAGACUCGCAAUAAGAAAUUAUGAGAAGGUGAAAGAUUUUCCACUCUUAAGCUGGUAUGAAAGGUGUCAGUGAGAAUAAAAAUCUCAAUUAAUUGAGUUUCAAUUGAAUCUCAUUCGUUCGCUUUAAAUGCUAAUUAAAUUUUCAACUUCUCCUUAUGAAAGCUUUUCUGUUAGCUUUUUAAAAUCUUAGCGCCGUGAAGAAACAAAAAAGUUUUUUGUAACAAAUUGUAGCUCAAAUGACAUCUUUUGGUCGCCACGUGUCAACUUCAAUGACAAAGAAAUUCAAUCGAUUAAUUUCAAUAACAAAAAUAAUAAAACAAAGAAACUUUUGAAACUUUUGAAAAAUUGAUAAGAUAAAAGUUCUACGUUUCUUUAUCUUCUGAAAUGGAAAGAAUAGAAAGUCGAAUAGAGCCGGUGAAUAUUUUAUAACUCAAUGUUGUUACAAAAAAAUGAAGAAGAACUGUAAGGGAAAAUAACUGAAAAACUUUGUUUGAUGUUAGUAUAAUACAAUAUUAUGAGCAAUAUAGUAGCAAUUAAAUGAUAAAUUUGUUUUGAUAUUUUCAAAUAACUAAGAUUACAUAAUUGGUAAUAUAGCGUGUUGUCUCCCUCUCUUUAUAUCAGAAAUUUGAUAAAAAUGAAUUGAAAGCGUUGUCUUUUCAAAACCAUUCAUACAUAUACAUAUCCUUUCAGAUAAAAAAUGUAUCGUAAUAUCAUUAGAUAUCUAAUGGAUUCAUGUUCGUAGAGUGAAAAAAUAACAUUUUGUUUUGUCAUAGGUCACAGGAAAACUUUCCGUUAAUUUGAUUAUCUUUAAUGGAAAAAAAAACUUUAAUGUGUUGAGAAAAACAGUCUCAAUAUCCUAAUUACAUCAAUUACAUUGAACAGUCGCCAGGUUCCAAGUGUUCUCCCCACACUUUUUAAAAUGUGACGGCGAAAUGCUCUGGUCAAAUUACAGUAGAAAUAAAAUUUUCAUCUAUUUUCAGUAAGCAGUGAUGUAAAUUUAGUAAAUAUAAUGAAUAUGAUAUAUAAUAACAUAAAUUUUAUUAAUUAUGAUGAUGCAUAAGCAAACAAAACGUUAUUCAAUCAAUUUACAUUUUAUGGCAGAAAACAAUUUCUAGGGUAAUUUGAAACGUCCUUUAUUUUAACAUUAUUUUGAUAAAUUAAUUUGAUUUAUUAGUAGAAAUCAUUUUAUUUAUGGAGUUUCGUAAAUAGAUUGAAAUUCAGUAUCCUUGCAACCUUUUAUUUAUAUUCAAAAAAAGAGAAAAAGAAG